AUGAGCCAAGGGGAUGACUUGCGACAGCUCGAGCUGGAACUCCGACGGGAUGGAACCCCCCUCACCAAUUAUUUCCGACACACUCGCAUGGCGAGAGGAAACACGCCUUCCUUGGCCACGGGACAUGUUUCUCCUACGCGAAGGAUGCCAGCUGAGCGCCAGGGAGAGCUCUGGAUCGUGGACAGGAUCCUGGAGCCCCAGACAGUCGCCCAUUUCCUCGCCUGCGUGUUUGGUGCCCCGCUCCCCAAUGGUCAGCAGAGCAAGUUCCCGGUGCUCUCUGUCGAUGAGGCCCAUUACAUCAAGCAGCCCUUGUCUGAGUGGGCGCCGCCUCCGUACGAUGGCAGCCAGCAUUCGGUCAUGGGCAAGAUCUUAACGCAUAUGGGUUCGUAUGAGGAUGAGAACAAUUUAACGGUUCUUUCCAAGGAGCUCAGAGCCAUAAAGUCGCUGGUCUGGUCGGGGAUGGCACCAAUAUCUGAGAGGCGCUGGCGCGAGUUGGACCUCGACUCGCCCGGGAGCUUUCACAACGCCUGCCGGUACUUUUGUGCUGUCAUUGACGUGUUCCAUUAUCUCAACAUGCCGGCAGUGAAGCCUCGCUUGCGUAAGACGUACAACGUGAUAUGGGACCAACUAAAGAUCUUCGACUAUUCGCUCAACAACAAUAGGAGAGCUAAGGGAGAACCAAAAGUUAACCUCACUGGGAUGUGGUAUGAGUACAUCGAUGCGCUAUUCGCCUCGAUAACUCAGCACGCCCAUGAUUGGGUGACAACCCACAUUGAACGGCUUCGCGGGCCAGUUCUCCAGCGUUUGAACGACAUUGUGGCGAACAAAUCCGCCCCAGCUGGACGACUGGACUUUUCACAGGAAGAGAUGGAUCUCUCGAACAAGCUUCACGACCUUGUGGAGAACGCAGCCCAGGCAGACACGGCCAUCUUCCUGCCGAUGGACGGGUACAAAGGGUGUGAGCUCGUCAGCCAGGACAAUGUACCGCUUCCAGAUGCGAAGAAUCCGUACCGUGAGCACCCCAUAUCAUUUUCAGCAAACAAACGAGUUCGAGAGUUUGAUUACUACGCCCGAGUCAAGUACUUGACGACGUAUAAAAAAUGGAAAGAGUUCGACAAUACCGAGCUGGCCAGCCUUGUCGACCGGCUUGACUUGGUGUCCAAGAGAGACAGCUUAAGCGCGAACCAAGUAAUCGCACAGCACCAGGCAAGAAUGGAACUUCGAGGACCGACCAAACCACCAUUUGAUGAGCUUUGGGUGAUUGAAUCCCAACGCCAGGGAGGCAACAAGCGAUUUGGGUUCAUCGCCUAUCGGCUGAGCUAUGAUCAUACAGAUGAGGAAUGGGAAGAGUUCAAGACCAAGUUCGAAUCGGAUGUAUCAAACUGGCGAAGCGAGAUGCCUGAUAUGGAUGAAAUAAAGGCGAGAUCCGUAGUUGAGUGGCGGGACCCGCGCACAGUUGGCCUUCCCGAGAAUGAUGUUGACGCCGUUCGGAAGCACUUCGCUUCUCUUGAGAAAUUCAACUUGAUCCCCGAGCAUGUUAAUGAUGGAGUUAUACUCGCUGCAGACAAAGCCGCCAUCGACUCAUUUCUGAAACCAACUCCAGGUCAAGGUGGGUUUGUGCUCGUUAUCGAAGCUGGGUUUGACCCAGACGAUGAGUGGCGCAAGCAGCGAAACGAGUCACCAGGAUACCCAGGUAUCAUGAAAGUUCUGGGAAGUGUACUUUGGGAUGACGUGAGUGCAUCGAUGCUUUUGCAAGCGCGGCGACUGGAUGAUCUCUGGGUCUUGGCCAUGGACCAUCCCUUUAAGUUGUAUGAGGGAUACAUGCCGCGGCAUGCUCCGGUCUAG